AUGUAUGCCUCUCUACUCGCCGCACUCUGUGUGCCAGCACUUGCGGUUGCUCGAACAGUCGUCACCGCCACCGAACGCGUCUGCAUCGUCGAGCCUUGUGCAAAUGGCGGUGACUCGGCUCCAGCCAUCAUCGAAGCCUUUGAAAAGUGCGGCCACAACGAAGAGCACUCGCGAGGCAAAGUUGUCUUUCGCAACGAGACCUACAACAUUCACAGUGUCAUGAACACUACUGGCCUGAAGAAUGUCGACGUCGAUCUCAACGGUCUCUUACUUUGGGACACAAACAUCCCUUACUGGCUCAACCACUCUCUCCCUGUUGGCUACCAGAACCAGUCUUCCGCUUGGUUGUUUGGUGGAGAAAAUAUAAACUGGGAUGGUCAUGGUUAUGCUACUCUCAAUGGUUCUGGACAGACUUGGUAUACCUUUAUUAAUGGAACCAACAACUAUCCUGGAAGACCCCAUCAGAUCACAAUCACUGGAACCAAGAAUAGCAACUUUCUGGGUACCCGCUUUGUCGACUCACAGAUGUGGACCAUGACCAUUAUCCAUAGCGAGAACAUUCUUCUUGAAGAUAUCUAUGUGAACAGCGCCGGCGACAAACCCAUUGGCUUUGAUUUCUCGAGUGAGAACACUGAUGGCGCGGAUACUGUGUACGCAAACAACAUUACUUUCCGUCGUUGGAAUGUCACCAACGGAGACGACUCAAUAGCCAUGAAGGCCAACAGCACCAACAUCCUGAUCGAGGACUGUGAUUUCUACGCCGGCCUCGGCGUUGCCAUUGGCAGCAUCGGUCAGUACGACAACGUCUUUGAAACCAUCGAGAACGUCACUGCUCGUAACAUCCGGUCCUACAACAUGAGAUAUGGCGCUUAUGUCAAAACUUGGACCGGCAACUCUACUGGCUAUCCUCCAAACGGCGGCGGUGGUGGUCUUGGUUAUGCUGCCAACAUCACGUUCUCCGAUUUUGUCUUGUACAACAACACUGGUGUCUAUGCACUCACACAAUGUACCUCAUACAACGGAGCAUCAGGAGGUUGUGAUUCUAGCAAGUUCAACCUCCGUGAUAUCCGUCUGCAAAACUGGACUGGUACUGCUGUCAGCGAUGUAGUUGGUUCGAUGCAGUGCUCAGCUGCUUCUCCUUGUACCGGCAUGGAGAUCAUUGGUAUCGAUAUCCUUGAUACUGUUAACGGUACUGCCCCUAGUCAGUACUUGUGUGACAAUUUGUCAUCUGUUGGGUUCAACUGCACUGGUCCUACAUGGGAGGAGAACAGCAGAUAG